GAAAAGAAAAAAAGAAAAAAAGGGAAAAAAAAAAAAAAAAGAAAAAAAAAAGAAAAAAAAAAAAGAAAAAAGAGAGAACGAACGUUAGUUUCUGAAGUUAGCUGAUAUGGGACAAAAUCUGAUUCAUGAAAUCAGCUCAGAAAUCCCCACUGCUCUGGCACUAGGUGAAUUCAGUUGUGCAUAGGCUGAUUUAUUAGCGGCUUAAGGAGCUAAAUUUAAGAUCUCUCUAUCCUGGUCAUAGUGGAUCGGUGCUCAGGUCCCAAAACAAGAACACCACAAAGAUUGGCUUCACCAUGAGGAACCUCCAAGGAGAGAUUAACCUCUCCAGUGGGAGCAGCACCCCAUUCCCUGCACUUGGAGGGGGAAUCCUUGACCCCAAGUGCACAAGAAAAAUGCAAUGAGCAAAGGCAGAGCUGAUGGGGGCACGGUAAAAAUUCAGCUCCAAAUUUGGUUUAGGUGUCUGCGACAGUAAUAUUUCAACAUAAAUCAGAUGUCUAAGCCCACUCAGAAUUAAAGGAGAGUCAGUAAGCACUGGCAAUGCAGUCCAGGGAGUGAUUCAGCCCGUGAUAAGCAACUGCAUUCAGAAAGCUAACAGCUCUCUGAACUCCACCGAGCUUAUUGAUUGAUCUCAACUAAUUACAGUACAACCUUAGAUAUCUAUUUAUCAUAAAGACAGCAAUAUUUAGACAUCUAGAGCUGAUUACAUGGCUUGUCUAUGCUUAACCAUAGAUAUCUCGCUCCCCUCAUUAUAUUUUUCCUUAUUUAGACUGGAAAAUUGCUUCACAUGGGAGGUUACUGUCAUUAUCCUCUUUUUAUAACAAUAAGCAAAGAUAAGUGAAAUGACCUUGCCAAGGUCACCCGGUCAGAAGGGCAGAGCAAGACAAGGCAUCCGGGUCUCCUGAAGUCCUGCUGUCCCUGUGUGGUUUCACGCUGACCCUCGCUGGCUGCCUUUUGCUGCCGUAACACAGGUGCUACAGAGGUUAACAAUUACACGGAUGAUAAGCAAGUUCACCUUGAACAUCAGAGAGACAAAACACGAACACGCCUUACAAAAAGGUUCAUGGAGCUCAUCGCUUUGACCGUGUUAAUCGUCUGUCUGUUAUAAAAAGGAUAAAGAUGUUAAAACAAUUAAUAAAUACACAUAUCAUCUCUGCUACAUCAGUGCUGAAAUGUACACUGGUUCUGUCAGAUCUGCUGGAGGAAUAAAACUGCUUAAUGACUGCAUCUGCUGCAAAGUCGGUGUGCUUUGCAGGGACAUCAGUGUGUGUCCAAGAAAAAGAGGGGUGACGCAUAAAGCUACGUGACCCAUUUGGUACUAAAGUGGUCUUGGGGUGGGACAAGUGCCUCAGGACAAAGGUGCUGGCAUCCCACAGCCCUGGUCAAGCUGUAUUUAGAUACAGAGAAAUGAGACCUAAAGGCUUGAAGGGAUUAAGCACCUGUUGUUGAAGCCAUUAGGAAGGGGAUGCCCAUUUACCUGGGCCAAAGUGACAUCCCAGACCAAGCUCUCACUACUACAUGCCCAAAAAUGCUGCCUCUCCUUGCCAGCACUAAGAGGGAGAGGGGAAAUGCAGAAGCACCGUGGCUGGAUGCUGCAAACCUGUUCUGGCUGCAGCUCAUCCCAGCACAUUGAUGUCCAAAUGGGCUUCCAGCCACAGUCACUGCUGACAUCCCGAGCUCUGCUGAGGCUGCAGGCAUGUCUGAGUCACCCACGAGAAAUUUUUGUGGUCAAAACCUGACCUCUUUGCCACAGGAGGUGCUGGUGGCUGAGGAGUAGGAAGGAAGACCAUGUAGGCUGGUCAUGCACCACUGAGAAAGGCACCUCCCUCCCUGUGUAGCAGGAUGGGGUUGAAAUGCCUCUACAAGGCAGAUCUCCCCAGCGAAGUCACCCCACAACAAGGAUUUGGAGUAAAAGGAAACCUCUGGAAGUUAUUUAGCCAGCCCCCUACCCACAAUACGUCUCUGAACAGCAGCUCCUGUCGUCCAAGGAUGUAGGUCCAAAGCUCAAUGGCAUGUUUGGCCAUGUGGUGUGUGUAUGCACGAACUAAUUGCUCCUCUCUCCCCUUACUCCCAUUAGCUUAGGGGGUGAUGUUUUAAGGUCACAUCUUCCAACGUCUCUCACUUCCAUAAGUACACCAGUGCUGUGCCUACUCCACACAGACCUGGACUUGUCUGAUCCUUCUGUAGCUCUUCUGGAGGCUCAAAUUCACUCCUUGAGCUGGGGGGUGAUGGACGAAGGGCUUGAGAGGAGAUAUUAGUGAGCAAGUCGGUGUCCACUGACCUGUCCUUAUCGCUUUGGUGAAAGCAGCCAGGAGACCUCUGACAAAUCACACACUGCAUUUCAAACGCUGAGGACAAUCUGGGUUUCCAGUUCCCAGGAAUAAAGAUGCAAAGCACUCAGAGAGGCUGCCCGGGAAAUAGCUCAGACGUGCAGCAGAAACCAGGUCAAUCUCCUUUGCAAGUGACAUCAGAACCUCAGGCAAAACCAGGCCAAUGUCUUUUCUUAUCCCCAAACCCUGUGUGCUCUGUGUGUGACAAGUCUGAUAUGUUUUUUUUAAGGGUACUCUCCCAGUCAAAUCUCUUUUAGGAUUCUCUUCAAGACAUUGUAGUUCAGAUUCAGUUUUAUGACUGACCAGGGCUUCUACCUGGGGCAAAUGAAAAUCGACAGCUUGGGACACAGCUCUCAAGAUCAUGUCUCCUUGAUGAUCAACCACACUUCCUUGUCCAAAGGACAAGCCACCAGGGUGGGCUGUCCACCCAUUAAGCCAUUAAUGAGAGCAGCACGUGUGAAUGAGAAGCUGCAAGCCCGCUGUCUGCCCUGGCAUAUGGAGCAAGAGCAACCUUCCUUGUCUGAAAGGGGAUGUGCAUGGGGGAGAGGAGGGAGCACAGCCAGCAGAUGUGGCCCCAGAGAAGACAAGAAAUAAACCAGCACAGUGGGUCCACCUGGAAACUGCAGCAAGUAUUUCCUAGAUGGGAAGUCCAUCCUGCAUUUUACCAUGCCACAUCAGUCCUAGGUGUUCAGCUCAGAUAAAGCCUUCGUGUCCCUCUGGGGAAGUUGGCCCUGCAAAUACAGACACUUGAUUUGGGCCCUUUCCAAAUGAUUGGCCAAGUGUUCAUAGUUGUGGACGUGCCUCACUACUGCAACACCAGCUGGAUCCGCGCCAUCGGCCCCAACCUGACCGAGGAGGAGCAGCUGAACCUCACCCUGCCCCGCGACGCGGACGGGGCGUACGAGCAGUGCUCCAUGUACUCGCCCGUCGACUGGGACCUGGGCUCCAUCGUGGCGUACGGCCUGAACACCACGGAGAAGUGCAGCAGUGGCUGGGUGUACCCCUCAGUACAGCAGCCCUCCCUGCUCACCGAGUUCGACCUCGUGUGUGACAGGAAGGACCUGACGGACAUCUCGCAGUCUGUCUACAUGCUGGGGCUGUUCCUGGGAGCCAUGAUCUUUGGGCCACUAAGCGACAGGAUCGGCCGCCGGCCAGUCCUUCUGAUCUCCAUCUUCAUCCAGAGCUUGUUCGGGUUGGGAAUUGCCUUUGUGCCCCAUUUCUAUGUAUACAUGGCCUUAAGAUGUGUCGUGGCAACUGCUGUGUCUGGAAUUCUGAUUACUGUCUUGGCCUUAGCUACGGAAUGGGUUGGGGUCUCCUAUCGACCACAUGCAGUGCUUAUUACUCACUGCUGUUCUGCCAUCGGACAAAUGAUUCUGGCUGGCUUGAGCUAUGGCAUUCGUAACUGGAGGUUGCUGGAAAUUGCAGGAUCUGCUCCUAUGUUUGCCCUUUUCUUCUACAUCUGGGUGCUACCAGAAUCAGCUCGGUGGCUGGUGACAAAAGGCAAAAUAGAAGAAGCUAAGAAGGUCCUUCAGAAGGCAGCAUCCAUCAACAAGCGUACCAUCCCCCCAGAUCUCCUUGAGCAGCUGAAGUGUGACACACAGACCAAGCCUGGAAGUAUUCUGGAUCUCCUUCGGAAGAAGCACCUCCUGAAGGUGACUUUAAUCAUGUCGUGUGCCUGGUUUGUGGACAGCCUAGUCUACUAUGGUCUGAGCCUUAGUGUGACAAAUUUUGGUCUUGACAUCUAUCUCACACAACUUGCCUUUGGGGCAGUGGAGUUACCAGCUCGCAUUUCCUGCAUUUUCCUGCUACAGUGGUUUGGGAGGAAAAAAAGUCAGGCUGUUCUGCUGCUGCUGGCUGGUGUGAUGUGCCUCCUCAUCGCUGGCAUCCCUGAAGACCAAGCCGUGGCGAUCACUGUCCUGGCCAUCAUCGGCAAGUUUGCCGCCUCAGCCUCCUUCUCCUGCUCCUACGUCUAUGCCGCAGAGCUCUUCCCCACCAUUGUCAGGCAAAGCGGCGUGGGGCUGUGCUCGAUGGCGGCGCGGGUGGCAGGGAUCAUCGCCCCGCUGAUCCGCCUCCUGGAGAAGUACCACCGGGCCGUCCCCAUGGCCGUCUUCGGCAGUGCCCCUGUGCUGGGGGGGCUGCUCUGCUUCCUGCUGCCCGAGACCCGCGGCGCCGAGCUGGUGGAUGACACGAGGGGUGGCCGCCCCACGGCACAGAGACGUGUUUCUGACAACACAGGUGUGGUACCCCCCCAACAGAGCAGUUUGGAGACUUGUUCGAAGACAGACACUGAAGAGCCUGGGGCAGACUCAGAGCAUGCAGUCUGAAGAUGCUUGGAGAGCAAGUGAUGAAUGGACAGGCACAUUCUAAAGGUCUACUCUGAUGGAGUCUUUUUUAUAGCAGAACAAUGAGGCACUGCUGUCUGGACGCUGGUCUUGCAGCUGAUCAACAACCCAACUGUAUUUGUUGUCAGAGGGAGAGGAGAUCUGUGUCACACUGCGUGUGGAAAAGAUGCACUUGGAACUGUUCUCCAGACCCAGCCUGUUAUGCCCGGCUGUGCGAGUCCUCCCCGACGUGCUUCCCAGUCCUUUGCAAACUGCUACCCGUGGAACCAUCCCUGUCGUGUUUUACAGCAAUAAGGAACUGCCAGUAGAGUGAUAUUACUGGGCAAGCGAGCACCGGACUGUGUCCUUCCUGCACUAAUCGCUUGGGUCGUCAGCCGUGGCGGCAGCCCAAGCCUCACCGUUUGAUCAGGAUGUCACUGAAACCCUGUCACACACGUAUUUAGGUUGUAUUUCUAUGUGGUGUUGAAUUUGAAUUUCUACAUGAAUAAUAUAAAUUAUACUUUGCGUUUGAUAAGAGACACUUGUAAUGCAAUAUGUGAAUAAUAAACGAUGUUGAUUUUUUUUUC